GGGAGGUGUCGGUGCCGAGCCGGGGUGGGAUGGGGUCAGCUCUGGGGUCCCUGGAGCCCAAACCCGUCCGUGCUUCUGCGCACCCCCAUCAAAGGAGGCAAAACUGGGGGGAAGGUGAGGGAAGCGGGAGGAGCUGCGCGGCGACAGGAGCCUCGGGGCGGGCUGCUGGGUGUGUGCGGAGCGGGGCUGAGGAGAAAAACGGGACCGGUCCCGGUCCGGUCCCGGUGUCCCGGGAGAGCGCGCGCGGUGCAGGCUGGGAAUUGUAGUUCUGUGGAAUACAGCGCCCACCACGUGACCAGCGCCGGGCCAAUCGCAGCGGCUCCCGCGUCGCCGUGGCAACCGGCCGUAAACAAGAUGGCGGCGGGGGGUGAGUUUCCAGGCGAGGCCUGGCCGUGUCCCGGGCCUGGGAGCCCCUGCAAGGCACCCUCCGCUCCUGCUCCGGGGCACAGCACUGGGAGAGAACGCGGGGGGCAAAGCCCUGAGGGGUCUGGGGGUUCUGGGCCAGCAGCUUUUGGUGACACCCCCGGCCAGAGCCGUUCCUGUGGCUCCCCUCUCGCACACACAGCCAGGAGCCAAGGGGUUUCCACCCGAAAAGUCCUCCCUGCUGUGGCAGACCUGCAGCCCUGCUCACAGGUAUUUGUGCUUUCAGGUGCAGCUCACGCUGACGUGGAGCUCACGUCCUCCCUGGCAGAAAAAAUCUCUCUGUUGGAAGAAAAAGUAGAGAAACAAGCACAAGAAAUCCAGCUGAAGGACAGGAGGAUUGCUGAGCUGCAGGAGAAGAUAAAGACUCUUCAGGAAGGAGAAGAUGUUUCUGAGCCGUGCACCUCAGGAGAGCUGGAGGUGAGGUGCCUUCAGCUGCAGAGGCAGGUCUGGGAGAUGGAGCGGUUCCUGAGUGACUACGGUCUGCUUUGGGUUGGAGAGGCACGGCAGCAGCUGGAGGACACGGAAUCCACCCGGGAUGGAGAGGAGCUGCCAGCAGGGAGCCUCUGCAGGCCGGGUGAGGCCGUGCUUCGCAAGCAGCAGAUUGAUUUUGAUUUAAUCCUGGAGAACAUCAAGGAUUUGAACUCGCUGGUGGCAGAGGGCGUUUCUCAGAUCGAGCACACGGCCCGGGGGGCUCGUUUGAGGUGGCCAGAGCCCCUCCCUGUGACCCUGUACCGAAAUGGGAUCACCGUGGGACACGGAGCCUUCCGGCCCUACCAGCACCCAGCCACGCAGCAAUGCCUGCAGGACAUCAUGGAUGGUUAUUUCCCCUCCGAGCUGCAGCCUCGCUACCCCGACGGUGUCCCCUUGCAGGUCACUGACAGGAGGGACGUGGUGUUUCAGGAGCCAGACCUUCCCGGGAGCUUUCCUGGCCUUGGCCAGGUGGUGGGAACUUCAGAAUCCAGCAGAGUGCAGGAAACCUCCAAGAUCCCAGGUAAAAUCUUGAACCUGCCUGGAAAAUGCUGCUCCUUCUUGAGGAGGAGGAUUCUUAAACCUUGCCAGGGCAGUGCAGGUGGUCCCAAAGCCUCCGAGGAGCAGGCUGCCGAGGAGCUUUCCCAGCCCCUGAAGCACAGAGGGAGCGCGGGCAGCGCCCGAGGCGCGGCUGGAGCAGCAGCCCAGGGCUCUGAUGGGCAGCAGAGCAGCAGGGAAAUCCUGGUGGAAACACCUGGGCUGGCUGCCCUGGAGAGGUACAGGCACCUUCAGGCUGGGAGAGCACAGCAGCAGCUUGGGCUGCGGGUUGGUCUGGGUGCUCAGACACGGCCUCACUCACCUCCAGGACAUUCCCAAACACAAAACUCUGCCCUGCUCUGGUCACGGAGGCUCUGCCUGCUGCGUGGAGCUCCCUCCUGGGCUGACAGGGCUCUCUGGGCCAGGGUGAAGCCAGCUGAGCAGGCUGGAGCUCCUGAGCUCUGCACCCUGCGCGUCAGGUCCGAGAGCGGGGAGCAGACGUACGAGCUGAGGAUGCUGCUCACGGACACCAUCGGGGACCUGCGCCGGCACCUGGCCCACAUCAGGGGUGGAAACUCUGACUAUGAGAUCAUCAGCACCUUUCCCCAGAGGGUGUACACGGACAGCUCCAGGAGCCUGCAGGAAUGUGGGCUGGUCCCCAGGGCCUCCUUGCUGCUCCGAAGGAGAGACCCCCCCCAGCAGCAGGGCAGGGGGCUGCAACCAGCCUAAAGCUGCUCACCCCCAGCUCUGCACAGGGAGGGAGCUGCCUCUCACCUUACCCGACCUGCCCUAGCUGGGAAAAAGGGAGAGGUUUUCUUUCCAGAUUCAGUUUCACUGUGCCACUGCCUGGAUGGAGAAGAGCUGGGAGCAGCCUUUGGCAGAGGGGCCAGCCCAGUCCUGC